GCCCCAUUCCCCUCUUUCAUCAAAGCUUGCAGCAUCGCUGCCUGCCUCCAUCAUACUCAAACUCGUCCCUGCUCCCAAUCCUGAGACUUUCAUCGAUCUUGUCUUCGCUGCCAUGCAACUCCCCUCUCCGGCGAUCCCGACGAGCCCAGCCUUGCGAAGUUUGGUGCCGAAUUGCGUGUGGUGAGGUUCAUUGAGAAUUGUGGGGGAAGCGUGGUGGCGUUUAGUUGCAGUGAGUCUAGUAAUCUCGGGUAGUGGUGGCUUGAUUGAAAUAGGAUCGUGGGUUGAAGGAUCUUAAGUGGAGUGGAACAAAUAUGUUGUUUCGACUUGGUGAUGGGGUGUAUCUGACGAAGGUCAAGGGAUUGCGGAAGUGCUAGUGUGGGAGGGGAUAAUCAGUGUAGUGGUUGGAAAAUUUGCGUGGUAGUACCGUCGUUUUGUUCAUUCAUUUUUGUUUUCUUCCUCGAUGAUAUGCAGCGUGCAUUCAUUUCAGAAGGAGUGCAAGGCAGGGCGUGCUAUUUUGGUUUUUAGGAUUUUGUGCCGGGGAUUCUUUAAUGCAAGUGAGAGAGCUGUGCAUUUGCUGUGAGGUUUUGAGGAUUAGAAGUGUCUGAAGUGCUAGGGAGAGAUUUCCGCUGCAUGUCUGUGUCAAAGAGAGAUUGGAGCUGUCAGUGAAGAUCAAAACGGCGCAGCUCUGUUUUUGAAGGGAGUUGUGAGUAGUGUAUCCUGUUCACACUGCGAGAAAUUUGUUAGUUGAAUCAUGCUGUGAUUUAGCAUGAAAAUGCGAGUUGAUCUCCAGUUUCAUCGUAGAAUACUGGUCUGUAGUACCCCUGCAUAGACGACUUUGAAUGCGAGGAGGAAUUUGGCUCUCUCUUUCAGCAAAAUAAAGCUUGCGGGUUCGUCUUGUCGUGGCGGCCCGCUAGAGCUUCCGACUGCACAAGGCGCUUCAGUGAGUGGACAUCGUCGUCGGGCCAUCAGAACGAGCAGAGUCGUGCACAGGAGGCUAGUUUGGUGAGUGGGAAAGAAACUUAUCAAGCAGUCCAGACAGGUCUCUCCUGUUAGCGCUGCUCCUGCUUAUGUAGACAGUUUAAUAGUCUUCUAUAGAAAGCCUUCUUGGGAUUGGUGUAUUAGUGCCGGCACGUUCUCUUAAUAUGAUCAAUCACUAAAAGGCGGACUUCUCUUGAGAUUUUUUUUUUUUUUUCAUUGUUCUGAUUCUUGUUGAAGAGGAUCACAUUGUACCCCUUUGAGUCUACAUCGAAUAGACUACAGCUGCACCUGGUUUCUCGCAUUGCUUAGCUGUGCGUUGAAUAGUUGGUGUUAACCUACAGUGGAGUUCCUCGCUCACGUAGUCUAUGGAAGUCCGGAUUCUUAGACCAAUGAAGGGAUUGAUAUAAUCUCCAACCCAGGUUAAUAAACUAGAGAAUUUCCUUCAAAGGAUUUAGGCUUCAGUAGUCCAUUCCCAGUUCGGUAGUCUGUGGUCCAUGAGCAAGCUGUAAGAAAUUUUUAAGUGCGUUUGGAGGUUUUCGUUUUGGAAGGAGAUAUAAGAGGGGCUGAUAACUUUCAGCUUGUGAAGGUACUCAUUAUCUCCCUCGUUUAGCUUAAGCCUGAACAGAUCUCUUCUCCCGCUACGAUCCCCGAGAAUUUGUUCCUUCAGCAAGCAGAUUCUGCUGUUCUAGUCAAGUCCUUUGUUAAUCAAACCGGCCGGACAAACGUUCUCAAAAUGAUUAACGGCCAUGACAUAUACAAUGUUCUCAGUGCCAUGGUACCUUUAUACGUGGCGAUGAUGUUGGCCUACGGCUCUGUGAAGUGGUGGGGGAUUUUGACACCACAGCAAUGUGGCGGAAUCAACAGAUUUGUGUCCAUUUUCGCCGUCCCCCUUCUAUCCUUCCAGUUCAUCUCCGGAAACAACCCAUACGCGAUGAAUUUCAAAUUCAUUGCAGCCGAUGCGGUGUCCAAGGUGCUUGUUCUCCUAUGCUUGGGUCUCUGGGCACGAUAUGCCAAGCGGGGAAGUCUGGAAUGGAUGAUAACAUUGUUUGUGCUGAUCACAAUACCCAAUACCCUGGUGAUGGGAACCCCUCUGUUGGCAGCUAUGUAUGGAGCUGGGCCAGGCGAUCUCACCGUCCAAGCAGUCGUCCUGCAGUGUAUAAUCUGGUACACUCUCUUACUUGUAAUGUACGAGUAUCGGGCUGCAAAGAUUCUAAUCAUGCAGCAGUUCCCAGAAAACGCUGCAUCUAUCGUCUCCUUCAAGGUGGACUCAGACGUGAUGUCCCUGGAUGGGCGGGAGCCAGUGCUCACGGAAGCUGAAAUAGGCGAUGAUGGCAAACUGCACGUCAAGGUUCGAAGGUCUGUGUCAUCUAGGUCGCAGGGUAUGCACUCAGCGCACCACUCCAUGCCUUCUUCAAAGGCACUAACGCCCCGCCCUUCCAACCUUACUGGUGCAGAAAUCUACUCCAUGCAUUCCUCAGUGAAUCUUACGCCACGAGAUUCGAGUUUUAACCAGGGCGAAUUCCACUCCAUGAUGUCGCAGCGAAGCCCUCAUCGUCAGUCGAAUUUUGACACUUCGGAUGUCUACUCCUUGCAAUCAUCUCGAGGUCCCACACCAAGAUCUUCCAAUUUCAACGAGGAAAACUCGAAGGAUAUACACACGCAUCACCGAGGAUUGAACAUGAAUUCCCCUCGGUUCGCCCCACCUUUGUAUCGGAACGGAAUGGGGGCUAGGAUGUUCACGCCCCGACCUGGCCUUGGAGGGAUAGGAGUACCUGGCACCGAUUGCACAGGACAUGGGACUCUAAGCACUUUGGGUGCCCCGGGAAUGGGCCCUGAUGGUCGCACCAUUUAUCCAGGAAGCCAAACAGCCAUCAACAUUCUUACUCUUGGAGGUGCUGCAAACGUCAACGCAACUGCUCCCUCAACUGCUGUCAACACUCAGAUUGUUAACCCAGUGUAUUCACCACAGGCGUCACAAAUCGCGAAGAAGGUGAAGGAUCCAAAAGCCUCUCCAAGGGCGGACGAGGAUGCCAAGGAACUUCACAUGUUUGUGUGGAGCGCGAAUGCAUCCCCCGUCUCUGAAGCUGGUUUGCACGUCUUUGGAGGAAAUGAUACCUCUGCUAAUCUUCAGCAAAGAUUUGACCCAAAAGAAGUGCGCAUGCUUGUACAUCCACAGUUGGACCGUGGCCUUGCUGCAGCAAGCCCUAGAACGUAUGAUGAAUACACUCGAGAGGACUUCAGCUUUGGAAACAGAAACGAUUUGAAAUUGGAGGAUCUUGACAAGGAUGGACCUCGGUUGGACAAGUUUGGUUCGACGUCGACUGCUGAAUUGACACCGAAACUGGCAGAGGACGAAGCGAAGAAAAGCAUGCCACCUUCUGCUGUGAUGAUUAAGCUAAUUGCGGUCAUGACCUUCAGAAAACUUGUUUGGAAUCCAAAUACUUACUCCAGUUUACUCGGGGUUAUCUGGUCAUUGGUUGCAAAUAGGUGGCACCUCUCUAUGCCGCUGAUCCUUUACAAGUCUGUGCACAUUCUUUCAGAUGCAGGUCUUGGGAUGGCAAUGUUUAGCCUCGGUCUAUUCAUGGGAUUGGGCGAUCGUAUAAUUGUGUGCGGGACGAAAAUGGCAGUGUUUGGGAUGGCUCUGCGAUUCCUGGCAGGCCCAGCUGUAUUUGCUGCAGCCUCUUAUUUAGUGGGCCUCCGUGGCGUGCCGCUCAAGGUUUCCAUAGUGCAGGCUGCGUUACCACAGGGCAUUGUACCAUUUGUGUUUGCAAAGGAGUAUGGUGUGCAUCCAGAGAUACUAAGCACUGCGGUGAUCUUUGGAAUGCUUAUUGCAUUGCCAAUUACGAUGGUAUACUACAUAUUACUUGGUCUGUGAUUGGCUGGCAAGUGCUAUUUUGUUCGGCUACAGGAUGUCUCCAGCACUUCGUUGAAGCCUCAAUGCGGCUUCGCCACUUUUUGAGUACUCAAUUUUACAUGAGCACUUGCGGUGCCUAACCCCCUUAAGGUGCAGGGCUCGGCUAGUUUUACCUUAAUCCGAUUUGAUAGGCCUUUUAGAUAGUACUCAAAUCUGCCAGAAACUGAACAUACAGCAACAAGUUCUUGUGUACUUUAUAGAAACCCUUGCAACCUCAAGGGUAAGAAGAGCUGCUUAAUCGAUGUUCAGCAUUCAGGUGUAGAGCCAAGUCUGCUCCAUUGCGGUGAUGCACGUCCUCAUCAAACUGGUCUCCGAAGUGCAGGGAAUGCGUAACAAAAGAUGAGGGAUGGAGGCAUAGAAAAAUACUUGUGUAAGAUGAUAGCCUUUGUUGCCAAGAUCAUGCCUGUAGUGGGGCGUGCCCCUUGUGUCUUUCACUAUCCAUUACUCUGGAUACUAAACAAAAAUAAAAAUUUAACUUCAGAAAUUUCGACCCUCAAA